GGUACUAAGGAAGAACUGGAAAUGGCUAAUGCAUUAUACAACAUUAUUUUCAAAAGAUCCUCAACGUUCGUUCUGGCCAUUUUGGCAACCAGUUUUAUCUUCGAACGAGGACUCGAUGUAGUUACAGAUAGUAUAUUUGACAGCGUUAACAGAGGGAAACAAUGGAAAGAUAUUAAACAUUUGUAUGAGGAAAAAUGAAAAAUGUUAAUUGCGUUGUACUAGAUUUACGUAUAUAUAAUAUGUUAUAGAUAUGUUAUAUAUCUAUCACUGUACAAAUAAUAAUCUACUAGAAACAAUAAAUUAAAUUUCUUUUGAAUGUAA